GGCAGUGGCCCAAGAAAUAGCAAAAAGACAAAUUAAAAAAAAAGGUACCUCGGGAUAACUUGCCUGGAGCGAUGACUUGGGAAUGAUGGGGUGGGGAAGACCUUUCAGCUCAGCUUUGGCCUCCAGCCCUUCUUCCAAGGAGCAUGACUUACAAGUGGGACCAUGGCUUCAAAGUUGUUGGGGACUUUUCCUCCUGGCCCAUCAUUUCCUACCUUCUUGGUGUCCUUGUGCAGCUGCUCUGGUCCCCGGACAUGGCGGCCAUCGUGGACGAGGUCACGCUCAGGAUGCUGGCCAGCUGGUUCCAGUGCAAGGAGCCGGCUGUGGUGAAGCUGCUGCUGCGGGCAGUGGAGAUCCUCGCGAUGCACGGAAACAUGGGGAAGCAGCUUCGCGCUCUGCAGCCCUACGUGCUCAACUGCUGCUACUCCGAGGACAGCGGCAUCGUGGCUGAGACCUUCAAGAUGCUGAAGUGUCUGGUGGAGCAGCUGACCUGGGAGCACUCCUCUGCCUUCCUGAUCCAGCUGGCCUUCACGCUGGGGCCCUUCCUGGAGGAGGUGAGGCCCCCGACGCCUGUUUCCCUUCUCUGGCCUCUGUCAAGUAAGGGAGCUGCCGGAACUGUCUCCAAGGCCUCCGGCUGGCGUGUGAUGCCAGUUUGGGGCUUGCACAGGGUGACCUGGACAGAGAGCAGAGGGCGGUGGCAGGAGUGGCGUGACGCCCUGGAGCCAGAGCACAUCCUUUGGCGGGGGGAGUCGGAGCUUCUGCGCUUGAUGGCCUUUGAGAGCUAUGGUGCUCUCCUGGCCAAGGUCAGCAGGAGGGUCCUUGUCUUCCCCUUGAGGCACCAGGUCUUCAACUUGCUCAUCCUCCUCGUGCUCCACCUGGAGGACGUGAACGUCAGCGUGGCUCAGAUCGCCCGGCCCGCUCUCUGCCACACGGCCACCGUGCUGCGCUGGUCAAAGCUCAAAGUGAUAUUUGCCGAGAAAGACACCUGGACGAUCCUGAGAGCCCUGCUUCUGGGGUUUGCAGCCACAGGGUACAAAAAUGAGGUGGCUGCUGGCCAUGUGCUCUGCGCCCAGCCCCUAAAUGUGCCUCCUGCCCGCCCCUGCGUCCUGUCUGAGCUGGGGGUCCAGGCACACAGGUAG